UAGGUCGCGCUAGGCAUCUGCCCCCUGGCGGCUUCGGGAAGUCCGGCGAGCUGCGCAGCUGAGAGCCGGCGCUAGGACCCGGCGGGCGCGCACGCGGAGUCUCGCGGUGUUUCAGUUUGAACUUUCGGGCGGGCACCCGCCAUGGCAGCGUCUCUCCCGGCACCCGGGACCCGUUUCUUCCGAACGUACGCGGCGAGGGGCGUCCGGAGGUCGCAACGGCAGCCUAGCCGGCAGGCCGUGCCAUGGUUCCAGCCGCCGGAUCCGAAGCGCGCCUUCAGCAGCAGCAGCUUCAGCGGCAAUGACCAGUCGUCUGCCACUUCCGACGACCCUGACGACCCCGAUUUCCCUGGCAGCCCCGUGAGGCCGCGGCGCCGGCGUCCUCCGAGACGCAUCUCCCGGGACCAGAAGAGCUUGACAGCCACCCAGAGGCUGCGACCUCGGCCCCCGCAGAAGUACAGCACCCCGCGCGGCCUUCUGCGACCGCCACUCUUCCCUAACUGCAACUUGGGCUGUCUCAGCCCGGACCUCAGCGUGUGCAGCCAGUCCAAGGGCAGCAACGACCUGGGCACCAGCGCCUCCCUGUUCAGCUCUCCGGCCUCCCCCGGAGCCCCCGACUCUCCGGAUGCAGCCUCUGCAGUCCCCAAUGGCUUCCUCUUGCCGGAAGCCUCCCUGGAGGAGGCAUCGCUGCCCUGCCCCCUGGAAGCAGCAACAGAUGGAGGCGGGUUCAACACGAUGGCCCACCAAGCCGAAGCCAGCUUCGGGUCAGCUCUCUUAAGCCUUGUGGGCUCGGGGACCACAGAAGAUAACGAGUUUGGAACAGAUGGAAAUAAUGCGGAGGAGUCGUGCCGUGAGACACAGCAGGUGGGAAACAGGCUAAAGGGCUGGGGUCUGGCAAGAGAGACCAGGGCCACAAGUCAAAAGGUGAUGUCUCAAGGAGCCGACCAGAUGGAUUGUGGAAAGGCCAGUAAUUGCAAAGACCUUUGUGUACCAGGGCAAAUCUGCAGGCCUAAGAGAACUGAAUCGCUCCAGAAGAGGAAACAGCAAGAAGCGAUGGGAACCUCGGCUCUUUACGAAUCUAAGCAGAGAAGGAAAGAUUCAGUCCCUCCCCUGGGCUUGAAUAACAUCAGUGAGACCUGUUUUUGGACCAAAACCAGAGCCUCCUUCAGCUUCCACAAGAAGAAAAUCGUAGCUAAUGUGUCAGAGGUAUGCAGCAGCGGUCUUGCCUGUUCUCCCUCUAGGUCCUUCCUGUCUGAAUGCUCAGCCCCUCUUACCAUGAACAGAACCGUUUCCUCCUGCCACUCCUCGUCUAUGUAUUUGCUAAGCCCCUUAAAGACCCUGCAGGUCACAGACAAAAAGUCAUCUUACGCUGAAAAGGUUUAUGGGGAAUGUAAUCAGGAAGGGCCUAUCCCCUUUAAUGACUGCCUUUCCACUGAAAAACUGGAGCGCUGUCAGAAGAUUGGGGAAGGAGUGUUCGGGGAAGUGUUUCAAAUCAUUACUGAUCAAACGCCUGUCGCCCUAAAAGUCAUUGCUAUCGAAGGACCAGAUUUAGUCAAUGGGUCCCACCAAAAAACCUUUGAGGAGAUCCUACCCGAGAUCAUCAUCUCCAAAGAGCUGAGCCUCUUGUCCGAUGAGGUGUACAACCGCACAGAAGGCUUUAUUGGGCUGAACUCCGUACACUGUGUCCAAGGGCCUUACCCUCCUUUGCUGCUCAAAGCCUGGGACAACUAUAACUCAACGAAAAAAUCUGCAAAUGACCGGCCUGACUUUUUCCAGGAAGACCAGCUCUUUAUUAUACUGGAAUUUGAGUUUGGUGGGGUUGACUUGGAGCAAAUGCAAACAAAGCUGUCCUCCCUGUGGACUGCGAAGAGCAUUCUACACCAGGUCACCGCCUCCCUCGCAGUGGCAGAGGCAUCGCUGCACUUUGAGCACCGGGACUUACACUGGGGGAAUGUGCUGCUAAAGAAAACCAACCUCAGGGAGCUCCGCUACACCCUCAAUGGCAAGACAAGCACCAUCCCUACCCAUGGGCUACAAGUUAACAUCAUUGACUAAACCCUGUCCCGCCUGGAGCGGGAUGGCAUUGUGGUUUUCUGUGAUAUCUCCUCCGAAGAGGACCUCUUUACAGGUGAGGGUGACUACCAGUUUGAGAUCUACAGGCUCAUGAGGAAGGAGAACAGAAACUGCUGGGGUGAGUAUCACCCUUACAAUAAUGUGCUGUGGCUACAUUACCUCACAGACAAGAUUCUGAAUCAUAUGCGCUUUAAGACUAAACGUCAGACCACGGCCAUGAAGCAAGUUAAGAAAAAACUGCAGCAUUUCUACAGAACUGUCCUGAGUUUCAGCUCUGCCACUGACCUGCUCUGCCAACACAGUCUGUUCCAGUAAGCCGGUACUUAGUGCUCACACUGAGUCCACCUCCAGCGCCUCUGGAACUGUUUUUAAUCUCUGCCACCACUGGAGCAGAAUGGAGGUAACAGCCCAUCUUUAUGAGUUCCCUGUCAGCUUUUUAAAAGAGAAUCUUGUUUUUAAAGGUAACCAAAAUGUUUAGCGACAUGAUUAAACUUGCUUUUAACAAGUGUUCUUAAAAAUAAACUACAUAGAGGACAAGUGUAUACAUCUUAUACGUCCUCUUUCUGUCAGCAGAGUCAGCAAACCUGACACCCUAUGUAGGAUGAGCGAAAACAAAUCAGAAAAGCCCAGCCCUCAGCUGUGGUCCUUCCUGCUCCUGAUGCUGUUGUCAAGGCUGGUGCAGGAACCAGACCUCAGAUGAAUUAUUUACUGAAUGCAAAAAGGAUGUUGCAGAACAGAGCAAAAAAAGAAACUAGAGGGUCAAAACGGAGACGGUGUACACCAGCAUAGGGGAAGUGUGGGGAAUGUUUGUCAGAUUCGUUCUCCAAUCACACAGAAACAGAAGCACAAUUUAUAGAUUCUCAAAAGGGAAAUAAAUGCCUCUAUGGUACUGAUGUUUGGAUUUUUGCUUAUUUUCAUCAAAGGGAAAUAGAUGGCUUUAAGAUCUAAUAAUUCAUUUUCCUCCUACUUACUCCUAUACUUCCUCAUAAUUCAGUAGUCUUAUCUUUUACUCCUAAAGUUCAUGUUGGUUUGUUUGGGUUUUGUUUUUAAAGUUUUAAAUGCAUAUUGGUUUGUGUGCAGGUACAGGUUGAGAGGCAAGUAGGGUUGAGGGACAAGUAGAAAUAAGAGGACAGCUUCAGGUACCAUCCUCAGGAAUGCCAGCCACCUUUGUGACAAUCGUUCAUGGGCCUGGAGUUCACCGAUUCAGCUAGAUUUCUGGGCUAGUGAGUCUCAGGGAUCCUUCACUUUCCUUGCAGUGAGAUUACAAGCACAUACCACCACCACCAGCAUUUUUACAUGGAUUGUGAGAAUCAAAUCUCGUGCUUAUUAGGCAAAUGCUUUACUGAGUUAUUCCCCCAGCCCCUGUUUUGUUUCUGUAGUCCUAAUGUUUGAAUCUAGGCCCUUGUGCAGGAUAGCAAGCAGCCUUGCACUCAGCGGCAUCCUCAGCACUCUUUAUGACAAGAUCUCACUAAGUUGCUCAGAGUAGUCUUGAACUUAAACCAUAGCCAAGCUGGCUUAAAUUUAUGAUUCCUUGCCUCAUUCUCACAGAUAGCUACGAUUAUAAGCCUGUGCUGCCAGGCCUAGUUAAAGCUCUAGUUUUCAUACCUUUGAGAAUCUGUAGUCUCUGGAAAGAGAUGGAUCAUGAUAAAGAAUCCUUGAAAAACCAGAAAAGCAAAAAAGCUGGGCAGUGGUGAGACACCUAGGAGGCAGAGGCAGGCAGAUCUCAGUGAGUUCGAAGCCAGCCUGGUGUACAGAGCGAGUUCCAGGACAGCUAAGACUACACAGAGAAACCCUGUUGUCUUGGGGAGAAAAAAAGAAUCCCAUUUCCCAU